AAUGCUCAGGUCCCGUUUCCUAGCCGCGAAUUUUGAAGCAGAGCACAGAAGACAGAAGAGAGCUGAGCCGUGGUGUGCUGCAGUUUAUUAACAAAUACUGAGUUAUUAUUAGUGAUAUCGCUGGAAAUAGUUGUGGUAUAGUUUUAUUAAAAUGGCCACUCCUCCUAAGAGAAUAUGCCGGAGCCCCGUCUUUAACAACAGCUUUGAGAAGAGAGUAAAGAAGAUCUCUAUCGAGGGAAACAUUGCUGCAGGUAAAUCCACGUUUGUGAGGCUGCUGGAAAGAGAAUCAGAUGAGUGGGAAGUUAUACCGGAACCCAUUGGGAAGUGGUGCAAUGUUCAGACAACAGAUAAUGAAUAUGAGGAGCUGAGCACAUCCCAGAAGAGUGGAGGCAACCUGCUGCAGAUGUUGUAUGACAAGCCCAGCCGCUGGUCCUACACUUUCCAGAGCUAUGCUUGUCUAAGUCGUGUUCGUUCCCAGCUUCAGCCUCCCUCUGCCAAGCUGCAGCUCGCAGAGAAACCAGUCCAGUUCUUUGAGCGCUCCGUCUACAGUGACAGAUAUGUCUUUGCUUCAAAUCUCUUUGAGUCUGGAGAUCUGAAUGAGACUGAGUUUGCCAUUUAUCAGGACUGGCACAGCUGGCUCCUCUCUCAAUUUGAGUCUGAGAUUGAGCUUGAUGCAAUGAUCUACCUGAGGGCAGAUCCUGAGAGAUGUAUGCAGCGUCUUAAAUUUAGAGGAAGAGAAGAAGAACUGGGCAUUCCUCUUGAGUACUUGGAGAAACUUCAUUAUAAGCAUGAAUGCUGGCUCUACAACAGAACAACACAGCUGGAUUUUGAGUACCUGAAGGAUAUCCCCAUUCUGGUGCUGGAUGUUAACGAAGAUUUCAAAAAUGACAGAAUUAAGCAGCAAGGAGUGAUCGACAAGGUGAAUGAAUUCCUGAGUACGCUGUGACCCUGUACAAUCAAGCUCUUACUUCAUUGGACACCUUGGUUUUUUAGGUCAACCAUUUUAAUCCUUAAAACUUGAAAAUUCUUCAGAUCCAGCUCAGGACAGAGAAGGCAGUUCAAAUGAAGGCAGUUCAUUUGUUUCAGGAAAAAACCAACCAUCGUUACCUCCAACAGAAGCCUGUCUUUUUAAAAAUCAUGUCAUGAAUUUUAAACAAAUUAUUCAUAAGAUUUUUUUAUACCAUGGUUUCCAUUUGUAAAUAUGUAUUUAUAUUUGAGACAUUACAACUUGUUUUACAGUGCUUUUUUUAUUUUUUUAAAUGUGCUGAAAAUUUUUGUGGAAAAUACUAAGGGUUGUUUUCCCAAACAGUGAUUAAGCCUAGUCCUGGAUGACACUUUUUUUUCUCCAAUGGAAAGUAAAAUGUAAUCUAUGACAAGCCUUAAUCCCUGUAAGGGGAUCCAAAACUGAGUGGCAUUCAAAAUGCUGUGUAUUUUGUAUUUGUACAAUUGCAAAAGGCAUCCUAAGAAAUGGUGUAUAGUGUGUGUGUGUGUGUGUGUGUGUGUGUGUGUAUAGUGUGUGUGGAGUUGGUAUAAAUAAACAUGGAUGCCAUAAACACGAACAAUAAA